AUGCUAAAAUCCAUUUUUAGACUGUAAACUUGGCAAAAUGAUGCGACCACCGAUUAUUCUGCUCAAGGAGGGUACUGAAAAUAAGCAAGGAAAGCAGCAGAUAAUCUCCAAUAUCAAUGCAUGUCAGGUAGUCGCGGACAGUAUUCGAACAACCUUGGGUCCUCGCGGUUUGGACAAGCUGAUUGUCGACAGCAAAGGUAAAACCACAAUCUCAAAUGAUGGUGCGACUAUCUUGAAGUUGCUCGACAUCGUUUUUCCUGCUGCUAAUGUGAUGGUCGACAUCGCAAAGUCACAGGAUGCCGAAGUUGGAGAUGGAACAACAUCGGUGGUUGUGCUAGCUGCUGAAAUACUCAAGCGCAUGAAGCCAUUCAUUGAAGAUGGUGUUCAUCCCCAGCUGAUCAUCCGAGCUCUGAGCGCAGCUAGUGAGGAGGCGCUUGCUUAUCUUGACCAGUUGGCUAUCAAAAUCGAAGGCGACAAGGAGUUGAGGGAUAUGCUUGUCAAAUGUGCCAUGACCACACUGAGCAGUAAACUGGUUAGUCAAGAACGCCGAUUUUUCGCUGAAAUGGUCGUGGAUGCUGUUAACAUGCUUGACGAAUCUCUGCCGUUAAACAUGAUAGGUAUCAAGAAAGUUGCCGGUGGCAAUUUAAAUGAAUCUCGUCUCGUGCAGGGUAUUGCGUUCCAAAAGGCCUUUAGCUAUGCCGGAUUUGAAAUGCAACCUAAGCAUUAUGAGAAUCCUCUUGUCGCGUUAUUGAACAUCGAGUUGGAAUUGAAGGCCGAAAAAGAUAACGCAGAAAUGCGCUUAACAACAGUGGAGGAGUUCCAAGCGGUUGUUGAUGCUGAAUGGGACAUCCUGUACAAUAAACUGGAGAAAAUCCAUGAGAGUGGUGCCAAAAUUGUAUUAUCAAAGCUGCCUAUAGGAGACGUCGCUACUCAGUGGUUUGCUGAUAGGGACAUGUUCUGUGCAGGUCGUAUCCCUCAGGAAGAUCUGGAUCGUGUUAUGGCAGCUUGCGGCGGUUCCAUACUUACUACUGUCUCUCAGAUUGAUGCAACUGUGUUAGGAAAGUGUGAGAAAUUUUACGAACAGCAAGUUGGAAGUGAACGUUACAACUUCUUCGAAGGAUGCGCCCGUGCUCAAGCUUGCACUCUUCUUCUUCGCGGAGGUGCUGAGCAAUUUAUUGCUGAGACAGAGCGAUCUCUUCAUGAUGCUAUCAUGAUCGUACGCCGUGCGAAGAAGAACGAUUCUAUCGUGGCUGGUGGUGGAGCAAUUGAAAUGGAGCUGUCGCGUCAUCUCCGCGCUAAGGCCAAAACGAUCGCCGGAAAGGAACAGUUCUUCUGGAGCGCUUACGCACGAAGCUUUGAAAUUAUCCCACAACAACUUUGCUACAACGCUGGCAUCGAUGCAAUUGAUAUUUUGAACAAGCUUCGUCAUAGACAUUCGAUAGGCGAGGUUUGGGCUGGUGUUGAUAUCCACACAGAGGAAGUUGGUGACAACCUCGCAGCAUGUAUUUGGGAGCCAAGUCUUGUUAAAAAGAAUGCCAUUAUUGCUGCCACUGAAGCUGUGUGCCUAGUUUUGUCAAUUGACCAAACAGUCAAGAACGUGAGAGCUCCCUCAGGUGGACAGAUGCCGGGACUACCAGGAAUGCAGUAAGCAGGCUUUCAUGCACCUUGCUUCUUAUGAUGAUCUGCACCGCUAUACUUUGACGACGCCCACGUGCACCUCGACAGAGUCUUUACCAUUGAUCUUGAAUUCUAAUAAUGCUGCGGUGUUUUGUUUAUUGAAUAUUGUAGUCACAAUGUUUCUGUCGGAGUUUUUGCUCCAUUCAGCGAUGAGCAGCUCAUCAUCUCCGCGCAGUGUUAAUUGUUGAUGCAUCGUUGUUGUUUUUAUUCUGCGUAAAUGUUCAUCUCAGUGCUUUUA